AUGGGGGAAUCUGAUUGCAAAAAAAGGCUUGCAUGUAGGUUUUCGUCAAUGAAGCUUUUGGUGUUUAUGGUUCCAUUGAUACUGGUUUCUGGAUUUCUUGCUAUUUUUGGUCCAAGAUCAACUACGACUUCCAGCUGGGAUUUUAUAACUCUACAUCCCUGGCUAUGGCGGGGACAUGGUAAUUCUUCUUUAAACAGUGCUAGUAUUGUCACGUUACAAGCAAAAGAGAGUGCUGAUGAGUUUCUACAUGUUCUUGGCCGCUUUUCUGCUCCACCACAAGCUGUUGAGGCUUUACCAUUUGAAGAACCUAAUGCUUUGAAGCGAUAUAGUUCACAAAUUUCAGGGCCCAUUGCUGCCCCAACAAAUGAGUCUCUUGAUCUUUCCAGGAAAACCAGACAUCAAACCGAGUACACCAGCUUAGAGAGGCUCGAAGCAGGCCUUAAAAAAACUCGUGUUGUAGUGAAAGAAGCUAAAAAUGGAAACCAAACACACGACCCUGAUUAUGUUCCGGCAGGCCCUAUCUACUGGAAUGCCAAAGUCUUUCACAGGAGUUAUUUGGAAAUGGAAAAACAGUUUAAGGUCUAUGUCUACGGAGAAGGGGAGCCUCCUGUAUUUCAUAAUGGUCCUUGCAGGAGCAUAUACUCCAUGGAAGGAAAUUUUAUUCACAUGAUGGAGAUUGAUGGCCAUUUCCGUACCAAAAAUCCUGACAAAGCACAUGUUUAUUUCCUUCCCUUCAGCGUAGCGAUGAUGGUGCAAUUCGUCUACGUGCGAGAGUCACGCGAUUUUGGUCCGAUAAGUAGGACUGUAUCAGACUAUAUUAGCCUAAUUAGUGGAAAAUACCCCUAUUGGAAUCGAAGUCUUGGUGCCGACCAUUUCAUGCUUGCUUGCCAUGACUGGGGGCCAGAGGCUUCGUUUUCCGUUCCUCAUCUAGGCAAAAACUCAAUUCGAGCACUAUGCAAUGCCAACACCUCAGAAAAAUUCAAUCCCAUCAAAGACGUAUCCUUUCCAGAAAUCAAUCUCCAAACCGGUUCAAUAAAGGGCUUCGUUGGUGGACCAUCUCCAUCGAGACGUUCGGUCUUAGCUUUCUUUGCUGGAGGGCUUCAUGGUCCUAUCAGACCUAUAGUUCUUGAGCACUGGGAAAAUAAGGAUGAUGACAUCAAGGUGCAUCGGUACCUCCCAAAAGGGGUCUCUUACUAUGAAAUGUUGAGGAAAAGCAAGUUUUGCCUUUGUCCAAGUGGUUAUGAAGUUGCUAGUCCCAGAAUUGUUGAGGCACUUUACACGGGGUGCGUUCCUGUGCUGAUUUCAGAUCAUUACGUGCCACCUUUUAGUGACGUCUUGAAUUGGAAGUCAUUCUCUGUUGAGGUUUCGGUGAGUGAUAUCCCCAGCUUGAAGAAAAUAUUGACAAGUAUAUCUCCGAGGCAAUACAUACGAAUGCAAAGAAGAGUGCUGCAAAUAAGGAGGCACUUCGAGGUUAAUUCUCCUCCAAAGCGGUUUGAUGUCUUCCAUAUGAUUCUUCAUUCUAUUUGGCUCCGUAGAUUAAAUGUUAGAAUUCAUGAUGAUCGAUUAUCCAUCACCAGUUGA